GACGCGGCGGCGGGCAGGAAGAUGGCGGCGGCGGGCGGGGGGGGCGCCGUGGUGUCGGUGCUGGCCCCCAGCGGGCGCCGGGUCACGGUGCGGGUGGGGCCCGGCACGGUGCUGCUCCAGAUCCUCGAGGAGGUCUGCAGGAAGCAGGGCGGCAGCCCCGGCGAGUACGGCCUCAAGUUUCAGAGGAGUGUGUUGGAUCUCUCUUUGCAGUGGAGAUUUGCCAGACUGCCCAACAAUGCCAAGCUGGAGAUGGUGCCAGUCUCUAACAGAGUGGGAGCCGGAAACACGGUUCGGAUUGCAUUACAGUUAGAUGAUGGCUCCCGUUUACAAGACACCUUUCUCUGUCAACAGACUUUGUGGGAACUUCUCAAGCAUUUUGCAAAGAUCAGGGAGUUUAUGGAACAGCGUGGUGAAUUCUCUCCUGUCUGUGUUUACAUGCGAGAUGAGAUAGCAGGAAAAGAUGCCCUAGAGAAGACAACCCUGAAGUCGCUUGGCCUGACUGGAGGCAGUGCCAUUAUCAGAGUUGUCAUGAAGAAGUGCAGUUCAUCUGGUCAGGAGGAAGCUGUGGGUGCCAUGAUGCAGUGUAAUGAACUGACACAGACACCACACUCUGUUGAAGGAGCAGUGGAUAUGCCCCUACCUCAAGUAAACACAUUCCCAGAGAAACUGGAACACGGGGAUGUGGCCGUGUCCUUGAACACAGACAAGCAGGACUCAACUGGAGACUCUCAUGCCAGCUUGGAGGAGCUGCAGCCUUCCUCAGAGUCUGAAUCUACCCCAUUGGUCCCAUUUUUGGGGAAUGGACAACGUCUGGGAGACGCUUCGGUAGCUGCUCCAUCUCUUGGGCCAGAUAUGCCAUCUUCAAAGCUGCCAACAAUUUUUUCCAGUCCUGGAGGCCCUUCUAAGCCAAAGAAGUCUAAGAACAGCCAAGAACUAGGAAAGGAGCAAGAACGGCUUGUAGAACGAGAGCCACUUGUAUGUCACCUAGACCUACUAGAACAACUUCCUGCUGUCCCAGAAGAGGUUCCUGAUGAGUUUUUUGAGGUCACAGUGGAUGAUGUACGGAAACGUUUGUCACAGCUGCAGAGUGAGAGGAAACGCCUGGAAGAAGCUCCGCUGAUGACAAAAUCUUUGAGGGAAGCUCAGCUGAAGGAGAAGUUAGAGCGUUACCCAAAGGUGGCGUUGAGAGUCCAUUUUCCAGACCGUCAUGUUCUGCAGGGGUUCUUCCUUCCUAGUGAAACUGUUGGUGUUUUGAGAGACUUUGUAAGAAGACACCUUGCAGAUGAAGACUUACCAUUUUACUUGUUUGUUGCACCUCCCAGAAUCAUCUUGAACAAUGAAAGUUUGACACUUUUUGAGGCUAAACUUUUUCCAACCGCUGUCAUUCAUUUUGGAUCUGAGGAGUGCAGGGAUUGUUACCUGAAAUCAGACCUGUUGAGCUCUGCAGUGUCACCUUCUGCGGCUGAUUUAUUAGUAGCCAGAUCUCUGUCCAAACCAUUAGUUCCUUCUGCUUCAUCAUCUUUAGAAUCAACAGCUCCAUCCCUAUCUGAACCCAAAAUAGUAAGUGACAAAAAGACCGAUGAGCAGUCAGAGCCAGCAAGAGUGCACGGAGCUCCACAAGUGUUGAGAAGGGCCCCUGGGAAACUACCAAAAUGGCUGAAGCUGCCAGGUGGGAAGAGGUGAACCAUUCUGGGCUGUUGGAUCAGUGAGCUGUGCCCCUUUCCUCAGGAACUUUUUCAGAAUGUGUAAGAAGCUGUUGGUGGCCCUGGAGAGAUCUAAUCUAUAUGAACAUUAGUUAUAAAUAUAAAAUUGCUGUUUCAGAUGCCACUUUCAUCUUCUGGAGGAAUGGAAGGCUUAUUUGUGAUCUUCAUGACUACAGAAGCAAAGUUAGAGGUUAAAUUUGAGGUCUGUUGCAUGCAAGUAAUACAAAUAGAGAACUAAGGGGGAAAUGUACUUUCCGUGAAGGAUUUUUUUUCUAUGCAUAUCUUUAAAUUCAUUUUUUCCUGGUUCUGCCUUCAGAGAUAACUUGAGUCUGUCUGUCUGAAUCCUAGAAACAAGAUACAAUAUGGUUUAGUUUUACCUAUAGUUGUGCUGCCUAGGAAAAGACUUCUCUCUGCUCUCUGGCUGGGAUUAGUGCUGCUGCUAGUUCUGGGCAUAUAUGUCUAGAAAGUGGGUGAACAGGAAGCACUUAGGUUACUUAAAACAGUUCAGAUGGGCUUUUCCUGUGAACCUCUUGGUCCACUGCACUUGUGUUGUUCUCAGUUACCGGAAGCUUGUUAACAAAGAACACAGGUAUCUGUGAAGGGAAUGAAUGCAUGUGGAGUUUUUCUGUCAGAAGCUCCAUGUUUUAUUUUCACUACGUGUCAUUAACAUCAAUAAUUACAGCUACAGCAAGGAAAAUACUCCAUCCAGUAAAAAAAGGUCUCUUCACGGGACCUUUGAUCAGUGGACUUCUAUCACUUGAGCAUUUCCAUGGCAGAGUAGCUGUGCUCUGCUCUGCAAUUAGUGUAGAGUGGGAAGCACUAGUCCAGACCUUUGCCUCCUGUAGAUGUUGUAUGGGAAUGAACAUUGUUGGUUAGAGUUGCACUUGUACUGGAGAUGAACUCUAUAGUGCCACAGUAGCCAUGGUGCUGUAUUUUAUUGGAAGUCUUCUCCAUGGAUCAGUGAUUCAUGUUGGACAACUGGGGUCCCACGUUACGGUAAUAACAUGUUUUCCAUUUUCUCUGUAUAGACAAUUGUUCCCCGAACUACAUGGGCAUCUGCACAAUUUGUAGAUGUAAUAAAGCAGAGUGGCCAUGGGAGGCCUUUCUGUCGGUCUCUUUGAUAGUAUGCUUCUUCCCCUGGUACUCAGUUUCUCUGUCAGUUCGCAGGAACCUGCUCCCUUUUCAAUGGGCCUGUCAUGCCUCAUUCCCUUCCUCCUAUUUUUUUUUUCCCCAACAAAGCAAAACAGAGCUUUGUACCAUCUGAAUGAACUUCAAAGUGACUAGAAAGGGCACCCAGGGUUCCUGGCACUCGUCACUGUCUCACAGCCUGGCCAACAUUUCCCUUCAGGUCUAAUUACUUCCAAAUGCUCCCAGAUGCUUUGAAGAAACUCAGAGGGAGGGGGAGGCAUGAAAGAAAGGUGGAAGAGGAAAAAGGAGACUCAAAGUGAAGGGAGCAGACUGCUGUAUCAAAAAUGUUGAUUUCUGAUAUGACAUCCAAACACAAACAGGAAAUGUGUGCAGCUGCUGGCAGUGGGGAAUGCAAGAACACUGUGUUCAGCUGCUGCUCUACAUCCCCACCAGGGACAGUCAGCCCUUCUGUCACUUGACACGCUAUAAAAAUACACUACAGCAAAACAAAAAACCAUUAAAAUAAUGAUUAAAGUUUAUUACUUUAGCAGAUCAGGUAUGAGCUGGGCCUACUCUCCACAGGAAUAUCUGUAUCCUGGUUCAGGUGCUAUGUCAGACUUACUCAUUCCACCAGUCAGAGGUAGACUGUAGCUAGGGCUGCUUUGCUGAAUUUAUGCAGGAUAUAUCAGGGGCAACUAAUAGCCAUAGCUAAUGACCAGUGACGAUACACUUGUGCUGGUGGCUUUGACUCACAGGGUUAGAAUAAAGACAAGCAAUCUGGCUGAGGUCGUAGCUUGCUUUCGGAUGUACUAGUCUUGUUUUUUGAAGAGCACAGCACUAUGUUGCUUUGCUGAGCUAUUUUGAUUCCACCAGUUUUGACAAUGGGCUAGCACUGUAACUAUACCUCUGAUAUUGGAACACAGAAGGAAAAAUGCAGGGACCUGAACAGCAUUAUUAUUACUGGGGCAAUUCCAUGGGUUGAGUGAGGCUUUAUGUUGCUGUGUGCAUUACCUCAGUCACUUGUGCCCCUUCUUAUCCCUUGUGUAACUCUGCCAUGCAUCAAACCCAAUUUAAUCUACUUCUCCUUCAGGAGAGUGAAAAAUUGGUACCUUAACAGCUAGACCAGAGGACUUAAUUCCCCUUUCCUUAUGCAAAGAAGAGGUAGUUUUAGCUGCUGUUAUUAAAAUACUACUUUACUACUACCAUUCACAUCAGCAAUCCUCUUCAGUCAAGAAUCCUUGUGUAUAAACCAGGUAUGUUGGGGAGAGAACUUCAGCCUUUUUAGGGUGGCAGCACUGAGACCUGUGUGUCAUUAGGACUCAGAGUAGGGGGAGAGAUGAGGAUUUGAAAUAUAUAAAAGGCAAAAAAGGAGUGAAUUAUUUAAGAGGAAGAUGUCCUGGUAUUUAAAACUGCAGGCUCUUCACUGAGGUUGUUGCUACAAGGAUUCCUACUUUGACAUAGAACAAUAUGCAGAUACCUGAUGAGCUGGAAUUCAUCCUAUACCACUUCUGUGUAGUAGCUGAACUCAUCUCUGGGGAUUUUGAGCAUUCAAAGGUAGUAUUACUUGCUUUGAUGAUAUUUUCUGUUGCCUUUUUUUACCAUAUGGUUGUGGGGCUGAAGGCUGAACUAGGUCAGUUCCUUCGCUGGUUUCAUUGUACAGCUGCACAAACAGUUGCCUUGGCAAAGAGGCUGCAGGGCAGAGGAAUGGGGCACUGCUUAAGCUGGUACUGUCAUCAGAAAGAACAUGUAUUAAAUUGUGGUUUUAGUUGAAGUCUCCAAGCGGCCGGUGUCCUGAGCGAUGACCUUGAUAGCUCUGCUGAAAGAGUGCAGUGACCCCCUGAGCCUCUGCCUGCUACGGCUAUCAAUGGGAAAAAAACUGUUUGCUAUUACGAAUCAUGAAGAGUGCAGCCCUCCAACAGCAGCCUGCAGUCCUGCAGACACGCUGGUGUCAGCUGCUUUUCGUGCAGCCAGCUCCAUAUUUCCCAACAAAGCCAGUUCAGUGGUGUGGGUCCUGACUACAUGUGUAAGGUUUCUUAUUUCACAGCUUUCCCCCCCAGCCCCCCCGCUGGCUGAGGGGCCAGGCUGUCCCAUGAUGUGGGAUUCUAACACAUGCUGUUUGUUAUUCUGUCCUUUUUCCUUUCGUCCUACAAAGAUUUCAAGAAGAGGGUGGGUGAGGGGGAAACUUUGCAAGUCUUUGAAGCAACUUGACUUUUAAUGAUUAAUUGCAGCAAAGAGCUUACACAAGGGAGGGAGACUUGGUUUUAAUUUAUUGAUGUUUCUUUGUGAGAACAAAUUUAUAGCAGAGGGGAAGCAGCUUCUGAGGAGAAUAUCAAAUGGUUAAAAGGUUCCAAGCAUUCUUUGAUGUCACAGCCCUGGAGAAAUACUGGAAGGUAGUGAGGGACAGACACUGUUUAUUUAUAAAAUAAAGAUCAGUUACCUGCUUUUGGCAA